GAAAUGGCUGUCUGGCAGGCAGCCACGGCCUCUUACUUAAAGGGCAGCACACACCCAGAGGAAGAGAGGGAGAAUGAGAGCAAGAGGACUGCACUGGCCUAAUGGACACAUCGCUGAGACACUUCAUUAUCCAGGGAGCGGAUACACUGAGCCCUAUGGGGAGUUCUAAUGGGCCGAUUCAAUUUCAGCUGGAUGACGCCACUUAGCCAAGGCAUUAAGAGCUCCAGCUCCGGGAAGGCGAACGACAGAGGGAGCGAACGGGGGUUCGGAGCGACCGAGCUUGUACCAAGGAGCAGCAAACCCCUCCCCUCUCACCCAUUCACAAGACGAGCGCGGCGGAGAGCUGCAUUCACAAAUCGCCAGCCAGCAACCCAUGCCCCCCCCGCCCAGAGCCACCCCCCAUACACACACAAACCAGCACCUACCUGACUAGCCCCCGCAGCACCUCGCCUUGCCCAGCUCACGCUGGCUCCCCGCACCGCCCAGCAGGCUGCAGAGGGAGGACGGGCCGGGUUUGGGCAGGGAACCUGGGCGUCCAGGCUGCUCGCUGUAGAGCGGGAUCUCGCUAGCCCUUAGCCGCGCAUACAUAGACCCCGAGCUCGGGUCAGCCCAGGGAGAGGCGGCAGGAGCGGGUCUUGCCCUGGCUCUGAGGACCGAGCAGGAGUUUUCAUUCAGACUUUCUCCAGCGAGAGGCGGCCCAGGAGCGUGCGGGGCUCUGGCCCCAGCUAGGAAGGUGCCGUUAGCAGCAUGGACCUGCACUGGCCUCAAGGAUUUUCCGAUGUGCCCUGAUGCUGCAAGCCCUUGUUGCUCUCAUCCAGAGUGGCUGAACUCAACAGUGACAAGACAAUGGAUCUGCCUGCUGAGGACUUCCAACAAGUCCUCUCCAUUGACCAGAUACGCUCCAUCCGUGCCAGCAAUGACUACGUGGAGAGACCUGCCGUCUCCUUCAAGCAAGCUCGGUCCAACCCAUCCCUCUCACAGCAGGCCCACAAGCAAGAGUGGUCUCAGGACUGCCUGGUGUCUUCCACCUUCCAGGACCUGCACCGCAGCCACAGCCAACACCACCAGAUGUCGGCCUUGCAGCAGCACCUGAGUCAUUCCAGCACUGCGAGCUCUGUGUCUCACAGCACCACUGCCUCGGACCAGCGGCUGCUGAGCGGGGUCACGCCCUCACAUUCUGGGCACUCCCUCAUCCGGACACAGCCCAGAGCGGGUGACCUGAAGCCCGAGGAACCGCUGAAAGGUGUGGUGGAGAACGCCACUCUGCACUCUGGACACCUCUUCAUCUGCGAGGAGUGUGGGCGUUGUAAGUGCGCCCGCUGCACAGCCACCCGCAGCUUGCCCUCCUGCUGGAUCUGCAACCAGCGCUGCCUCUGCUCUCCAGAGAGUCUCCUCGACUAUGGGACUUGCCUGUGCUGCGUCAAGGGUCUCUUCUACCACUGCUCCACUGACGAUGAGGACACCUGUGCCGAUGACCCCUGCUCCUGCAGCUCGGGGUCCUGCUGCGCCCGCUGGGCUGCUAUGAGCUUCCUCUCUCUCCUCAUGCCCUGCCUCUGCUGCUACUUCCCUACGCUGGGGUGCCUCAAACUUUGCCAGCGGGGCUAUGACAGUCUGAAACGUCCUGGCUGCCGCUGCCAGAACCACACCAACACAGUCUGCAGGAAGAUCUCCUCCUCCAGUGGCACGCCUUUCCCUAAGACUCUGGAUAAGCCGGUAUGACAUUCCUGCGGAGCAGAGUUGGCUAUUCUUCUUCUCCUUCACCUCCCUCUGCUGCACACCCCCUUUGGGCACAAAGCAAACAGAUGAACAAUCCGCCAGCCAACAAGCCCCACAAAGAGAGUGUGAAGCAUGUUCUUGAGACAAAGGAAUCGUGCUUCUGUGCCCAAGCCCAGCGUGACAGGUUUUGCACAUUUUGGCAAAGGACCAGGACAGAGGGAAUCAGAGGCUGACAGUGCACUUGUGAUCAACAGGGGGCUUUCAACAUGGGACCUGGCUCAGGACUCUGUGACCUCAAAAUGCCUUAGGAGCUGUUUUUCUGUGGUGGGUUUCAAAAGGGUGACAUGUCCAGGCACUAGAAGCCUCUGGGGACCAGACCGCAGAACCCAUUUUCUCUCUACAGCUUUCCUAAGUGGCACCUCCCACAGGCUUUCCCUCAGUUUCCUAUGCUGUUGUGCUAUAGGCCAGUCUCUGCAAAGGGAGAUGGGCCACUGCAAUGUACCAACCAAUGGCAACACCUUAGUCCCCUCCCCUUAGCAGAACAAGAGAGAAAGCUCUCAAUAAUUUCAAGGUAAAAAGGAAAAUAAGUGAGCCCAAAUAUCCAGUUUUUAGGAGCUCACUGGUCAGUGGAAAUAGGACAUGGAUAGAUUAAGGAUCACGCUGGCAUGGAAAGGGUGUGAAAGGGUGAUGUGGACAGAAAGGAGUCCCACUCUCACUUGGGUACAUCAGUGGGUCUUCAGCAAGGGCAAUUCACUGUAGUAAUUGGUAUUUCAAAGUAGAUUUGGCUAAGAGCAUGAAGCAGGUUAAAUCCUAGGCUGAGGGUCAGGGGGACUGGAUACCCUGUGGGAGUGGUAAAGGUCUGCAUGCAGAGCCUUACAAUUUGUAAAGUGUCACUGUGAUUCUAGCUCAGGUUGGUGGUGACUGACAGGUAACACCACCUGUUUAGUGGUGAGUUGGUGGUUUCAGUCUGUCCAUUGGUGGUAAACCUCUACCACAAGUGAUACUCCUGUUGGCAGGCUCAGUGUAGAGGCCAAGAACUGGGUGGGCCAUGGAGCCUGGCCUUCCUUCUUAACUCUGGAUGUCAGAGAGAGGUAUAUGAGUAGGGCAGUGUGUAGGAGGCUUGCCCUUCUGCCCUGCCCGGUAGAUCAACAGAGUCCUUCAGUCUCUGGGGCUGUCAAUCUGGUACCUUUCACCAGCACUGAAUUCACUUUAAUAAAAGAAAAGGAAAGCUGAACCUUAAAAACAAUUAAGAACCCUGACUUCUCUCCUUGUGCUGAUGCUGUAAAAAUGAUCAUGUCCUUGCUUGGGCCUGAAAAUGGUGCUUAGCUGAGGCUCCAGCUUUGGGCUGGUGGGGAAAGGGAGAUCUGUGUGUUAGAAAGCAAAACAGGAUGGGUAAUGCAUGAAGCCAGCCUUCCCUCCUCAGCCAAAGCGCCUCAGCAUCCUCACUCAUCUCCACAUAUUAUAGAGAAAGCUACACAAAAACGGAUUGGCUGCAUAGGUAUGCAUCCUAUAGGCAAACCUGACAUUGACACAGGUGUUCUGAGACAGGAGACACCUUCUGCAAACUAGAGAUGGGUCUGAACCAAAUCCACAGGUCUGGAAAUCUUCAGACUAUGGGGAGGUUUGGGUAUGGGUGAUGGUUCAUGGUCAACACCUAUAAUAAGCCAAACCAAAUCCCUGUAUCUGAAUGUUCCUGGUCCUUGAGGAAGUUCAGAUCCAGAUUGUAAUCUGAAAUUUCCGGCUCACUCAUCUCUGCUGUAAAAACAUGGUGCCAAACUCUCAGUUACAACCUCAACAACUUCAGAAACUUGGCCUGUGGAAUGAAAGCCAGGUUGACCCUUCAGUGCUAUAUCCAACCAUCACAUCCAUCCUCAGAGGCAUGUGUGUGUCUGUCUGAAGAGAAAAAGGCAUAAUAAUCUUCCUGUUCCAUUGGAGUAAAGGUUCGGGAGGGCUACAGGACAUGCAAGAGAUGGAGAAAUACAUGCAACAAAUCCCUCAACUGUCCCAAAUCUUCCUCCAAGGCACUCCAAUGUUUAGGGCACAGACGUCGCACACACCUAUCCACCGAUGACUCCUCUUCCUUUGGAAUUACUUUGAUAUAUUUUUGUAUAUAUAAGUAUAAUGUUACGAUGGCUAGGACUAUUAUAAUAAUAUUCAUGAUAUUGCUGUGACUGGUGCCAUAUGCAAGGUUUGGCUUCCUGGUACAUUUACAAACUCCAAAGGAAUAUCUCAAGUCAGUUGUGCUAAUCCUAGAUCUUGGUUUAUAGGUAAUCUGGGGAAUUUUACAGGCUCUCCUAACAGGGCUCUGUACUGAGUGGGCUGGUGAAUGGGAAGGGUAGGUAUAGAAGACAGGAGAAGUCAAGAGUUCUAUUCCUAGAUGGAAGUUUGCUCCCUGCUGCGUUGUACCAUUGGUGGGGGUCCUCCAUUUCAGCCAAGUCCAGAACCAUGUUGUGGGAGUUUGCUUGUCCCAUUGGAAGCUGGGAAGCAUAUUUAUAUAAGCUGUGGCUUUCAUAUGAUACACACACACACACACACACACUGUAACUCACUUAUAGUGAAAUUCAACUUUCAGUGAAGUAGGAGAGGCAUGAAUUGUUUUAAUGCUUCAGAAUGUGCAAUUCCAAGGAUAGCAAUGCUAUACAGAGUGAUCUGUGAAAAACACCAGGUCUUCCCUGUGAGAGUUCCACUAGACGUGUGUGGCUGUGUGUGUGUGUAUAUAUGAUCAGUCCACAUCUCUGUUCCAUAAAUUAUAUAAUGUAUUGCAAACAUAUAUUUGUUUAUGUGACAAUAAUUAGUGUGAUUUAUAAUUCCAAUUUCUGCUGUCAGAUAAAGAGUAAUGUACACAGAGACAUGUAUAUUGGAGGGACUUCGAUAACAAGACACACCAUACUUCUUUCUUCGCUAGCACCAUUCACUUUUUACCAGAGUUAGUCAAACAUUUUCUGUCAUAAGAAUUUUUUUAAUGGAAAAUGACUUCUUCCACAAAAUUAAAAUUUUUAUGUAAAAUGCCCCUUUUCAUGGAAAAAUGUUUUUAUAUUAUUUUAAUAAGAACCCAAAAUAUUUAGAAAAGGUUUAUUUGAUGAAAAAUCAGUGUAACUUUUCAUGGGGAAAAAACAAACAUAUCCCCACCCCCCACCUUCCUGAUCAGCUUUGCUUUUCAUGUUUUCCUUUAAAGGGCAUGGGCAUGUCCAUUCAGUCAAUGCCUUUCUUCUUUCACAGUCCAUCUUUUCCUCUCACUUGUUCAUGGAAUGACUUGAUAAUGGCUUCUUGAACGUUUCCAUGGAGAGGAAUCAUGAUGUCAUGAAAACACAAUGGUGAACUCCUCAAAGUGCUGGAGAAGUUGCCUGGUGAGGGGAAGGGCCUGAUCUUCCAGUCCCUGUGAAGGCAACAUGCCUAUGGAGUACGAGUCUAUGGGCAUUAUGCUUCUGUUAUGUGACCACAGAUACCUCCAAUAAUUGUCAGAAGAUUACUGGCAGGUCAUGGUGAUUUCUGUUUACAUGUUCUUUCUUCUGUGCCAGUGUGAAAGUUCCCACUCUGAGAGCACAUUGUACCAUAUCAUGGGUGUUAUGGAUCAGGAAAUCUGGCCUAUUUUGUAAUAUUUUAGAAAUAUUUUGCAAUUUGUCAAUUUUUUAGCAAUACAUUCUGUAAAAUAUGGAAACCAGAGUCUGGACCGAGUCACAAAACAUCAGAUCGAAGGCUGUUCAGUACCAGGACUUUGGUUGGGCCGUUCUUGGUGUCAGUUGUGAAAUUCAGAACCAUGUUCAGCAUCUGAGUUGUACCCCCUUCAAAGUUCAGAUUUAUUUGGAUCCCGGGGCUUAGUUGGGACUCAUCUCUAUUGAAAACUAUCAAUUUCCUCUUCCAGGCGAGGGGCAGCAGGAGAGUCUAUUUAUUAGACAAGGACAGAAAACACCAGGCCAGGAUUUACCAAAAUCUGUCUGAAGGUGAACAACAUGGGCUAAUUGGUUAAUUAAUAACAAGUAGUCCAUCUUCAACCUGGGUCUCCCUGUGAGCUUCCCAAGAUCUCCAGCUUGGUAGAGCUUUCUUCUUUUCUGUCAAAAUGCAGUUUACCAUCAGAUAUGGAUCUAGUGCUGGCUGGGACUGCCACAAAGUGGGAGGGAUCAGAUCGGCUCCAAAUGUGUGCAGCAGGUUGAUCUAGUGUUUAUGUUUGAUUCACCUUGGUGUCCAAAUGUAAGUUACAGUUGUCCUCUGACAGAGAGUAAGAGCUUUGACUGGGAUUCCCCAGAUCUCUCUGUGCACCUGGGAUUUUACUGUGGCUUAUUCCCAGAGUCUGAUUGUUAGACAGCUCCAUACAGGGAAAGCUAUGCUCAGUGCAUGUGGUGUUCUGCAUCUGAUCUCAUUCAGAAAAUAAAAGCUGGAUGAGGUAGGUUUUCCAGCUGAAAUUGGAAUAGGCAAAGUGCAUUACAGUGUACUUAGAUGUGGGAAAAGGGACUUAUGUCAAAGGACCCUGUUGGGCUCCAAGCUGCUGAAAGGGGGAGAUGCAGGGUCUGAGCUGCCUCCCUGUCUGGUCCCACUUUUGGAGCAGAGGAAGAAAAGGAAUCUGGCUGUGGGUUCUUGCCUCCCCAGCUGAUUCUACUGCUAGAAAGGGAGACAGAGCUGGCCUGUGUGUUGCAGAACUUGCAUGAGAGAAAAGGGCCCCAUAAGAGCCAGGCCUUUAAUAGCCACUUGCUUUGCUUGUGCCCCUCUUUAUAUGAGCUCCAAACACUACUUGGAAGUUUGCACCUUGCAGGUCUCCUCUCUUUUGCACAGGAAGGUGAGGUGCUACCCACCUCCUAGACUCCUGCACUGGCCAGAAGGGGCACUGCAGGGUGAUGUGAAGUGCCCCCUGCUGCAACAGCACUCUGAGGCCCUGUGGGGCUGGCUAACAGACAAAGAACCACAUCCUUGUCCCCACCACGCCCAGAACCUGAAAACACCUUUAGUCUCAUUCCAGAAGCAUGGCCCUUUUGAGCAGAGUAUCUCCAAGGGGUUUCUAGCUGAUGGCUAGUCUCAGAUUCACUCACUCCCCACCCUUUGCCCUAAGCCUACUGGCCUGCCUCUUUCUAUCCCCACUUGUGGCCAAAAGGCACCAAAGCACAAAAGAGCAAUUUCAGAACAAUUGCAUUAGUGCAAUAAAACCAUACUGGAGUUUGCAUGGCGAGACUGGCCCGAGGAUAAGCAGAUGGCACAUUUAUAAUGUUCCCCAAUCCCCAGCACACACUUUGUUAUUGAUCUCUCUAGCUGCCUCUUGCAACUGUUGCAUUUCCAGUCUGAGUGAGCCUGCAGAAGUCCGGGGAGCUGUGGAGGAUCUGUGCAUAUCCACUGUUCUGACUUCUACCGUUCCACACCUGGGAAAAGGGAGAAUGGACAUGCUUCAGGUGGUCAAGCAAAUCUAGUUCAGGAUCUUCUUCUGCAUGAAGUAUCCACAGUCCAUUUCUGCUGGGUGCUUACAUGCAGUUGAAAUACAGUACCCAGCAUCCAUUCCAGGUGGGCAAAGCAAUACUAUUUAGCAUCCACCACCUUAUUCCAAUCUGCUUAGGGGUCCUUCUUAGUGUGAGACACUAGUGCAGAGCUCAUUAGCAAAUGCUCUCUGUCACUGAUAGCCUGUGAUCAAACCCACCCUGCAUUUCUGGGCCCACCUGAAAUGGAUUCUUUGUUCCACCCCUUACAAGCUACUUCAGAAGAUGCCCAAAGGCCACAUGUCUAGAAAGAUGAUGAUAGGGAAGGGGGCCAAAGAUCUUUCAUUAUAGUGUGGAGUGCGAUCAGGAAAGACUUUGGAUAGAUGGGAGCCAAGUUGAACUAAGUCUCUUUCAAUCAGUCCCUUGCAGGAAACCUUACAUUCAAUGGUCUGCAUUGUGAAUCAGUGCUGACCAAAAGGGAAUCAAGUUUUGCAUGUGAUGCAACUGGGUUUGGAGAAAGAGGGCCAGGCCCUGCUGCCAUUGAAGUCAGCAGCGAGACAUGCACCAACUUCAAUGGGAGUGGGAUAGAGCCUGUCAACAGCAAACUCAGGGAUUUGUGGUGAAUGCAGCUUAUGUUGCCCGCCUAGCAUCAGGGCAUAGUUCCUGUGCACACUGAACACCUAGGCUGUGCCAACCCCAACAUCAAUAGUGAUGAGAAUUGUUAUUUGUGGAUGCGGCCCAUUCAGUUCCCCCACACUGCUGCUCCAGUCUCCCUUCUCGUCUCUCCCCAACACCCAGCCUUUAUUCAAAGGCUCCUUCACACACUCUGCUGCCUCCUUAUACCCCAGCUAUCUGUAGCAUAAACUCCUUAGAAAACUCAUUCCCUCUUGACUUCAAAGGAAAGCCCAGUACCAAGGACUGAAGCAUCUAACUCUCUGUUUAUUUGGUACAAAAGGCAUCCUGUACAGUGUAUAAAGACAGCCCAUCCCCCAAAGGUCAUGUUGAGAUUCUUUUGCUGGUCUAGACAGUCUAAUACCUGGCCAUAACCCUGUUACUGUUUUUUGACAAUACUCUUGUACCAGUUAUGAAAAAAUAAAGUAUUUAUUUGAAAAGUUUAUUUUAAAGAUAAAAAAAUUACCUAUUUAUUUUAAAGCACCCUCUUCUGUUUGGUUUUCUUCUCUUGCAAGCUAAUAACUGUUACUGAACCACUGCUGAAAUAAAAGAAGUAAUUCUACGGGUGGCUUUCCAGGCCACUGAAAGCAACCAUUCAAUAAAAUAUAUAUAUUAAUUUUGAAA